GAAUUAUUUGAAAAUUAACAAAUUUAUUUAUAAAAAGUAAAAACUCCGUUAACAAUUAGAAGGCUGCAGAGAGUGAAACCACGGAGUAUAUAACAAGUAGAAGGGUAUGGAAUUGCCCAAAAUGCCCUUUAUAGAUAGAAACUGGAAAUAAUCCAACCCACCACUCUCCGCUCGAUUCUGUACAGCAAUGCUGCACCUCUCCCUCUACCACCGCCAUGCUCCUCUCCCUCAUCACCACCGUCGAUCGUCUUCCAUCACCACCUCCACCACCAAAUCAUGUCCAUUAUCCAGGAGAACACUUUCCACAGCCAUGGAAGUCCAUGUGGCUGGUCCGCACCAGAUUGCCACAGUGAGGUGUAUGGCGAACCAGAGAAGAGUGAAAAUGGUGGCCAAACAGAUAAGGAGAGAGCUCUCCGAUAUGCUUCUCACCGAUAAGGUUUUGCAGUUCGCUGUUCUUCCGGAGGCGGCUCUCGGCGCGGAUCGCUAUCUCUCCUCUCUCACCACUAUCAGCGAUGUCGAAGUCUCCGCUGAUUUGCAGGUGGUUAAAGUUUAUGUAUCUGUUUUUGGGGAUGAGAAAGGAAAGGAGGUCGCCAUUGCUGGUUUGAAGUCAAAGGCUAAAUAUGUUCGAAGUGAGUUGGGGAGGCGUAUGAAGCUGCGGCUAACUCCAGAGAUACGCUUCGUAGAGGAUGAGUCUCUAGAGCGAGGAAGCAGGGUGAUUGCAAUAUUGGAUAGGAUAAAGAAUGAGAAAAAGAUGGCAGGAAGCCAGGAUCAACCAUCCGAAUCAUCUGAUCUACCUCAAGAUGAUGACUGGGAGGGUGAUGGUGAUGACCCUGAUGAAAACAUUAUUUAUAUAAAAUAGUUGCCUUACCAGUUGCUUAGUGAUCAUGCACCUCUGGUUUUUAGCAUGAGUUUAUUUCUUCACAGGGGGGAAGAUGUAGGUCUUGAUGGUAACAAUGACUGAAGCAAGUCUCCCAAGCUGUGCGGGUCAUUUGAAUUAUAGAUCUCAACAUUCAACCUGUCUAAAAUUACCCAGAAUUUUGUUCAACUUCCAUUGCAACAACUCUUCACGUUGUAUUCAAUGUUUAAUUUUACUUCUCAAACACUAAAUGCAGGCCUUAGGUGAGAGAGUAGUGUGCAAGCUCUUUAACUUUGGCAGUGGACAAUUCCCAUUUAGUGAAUCAAGUUCUUAUGUAAAUAACCGUGCAUCUGCCAUCAAAAGCUUUUUGGUCUUAUUACGCUCUUU